AUAUAAUUUCUUAUCUAUUUACAGGAGGUUUAUCUCAUCUACGAAAAUAGGAAAUACAUUUCGUACAAGCUACAAGAAUUAAUUAGUCAAGGCUGUGGUUUUUGUUGUAUCAAUCAAUAUGCCUAAAGGAAGCAGUGUUGCUGGUGUACCACUGUUUGAGUUUGCCCUGUACCAUUCCUAUGUAAUAUUUACAACCAACUGAUCUCUUGGGUUAAUGGAGAUGAUUUUACAAACAUCAACAAUGACAACAACAACACUACCAGCACCACCACCACCAGGAACAACAGCUUUAACAACAACAACAAAAACAAGAGCCACAACAAGAACGGGAACAACUGUUUACCAAUAAUAAUAGAAAUAAAAAAAAAUAAUAAUUAACAAUAUUGAUAAAUCAUCAUCAGUUCGUCCAAUUCCAUUCCUGAAGAAGGAACGGAACCAGAAGACCUCCAUUUCCACCCAUAUUGGAAAGUACACGCUGGAACGAAAAAUAUGGCCAGUUUAUUCCGUCGAAGACGUAGCCUUAUAUUUAAGGUUAUUAUUGGCAUCCCAACUCUGUGGUUUUUCAUGGUUUUCCUGUUGGCAUAUCACGAUAAUCUGUUUUUUGCAUUUCGAGAGGACUCGAACAACAUAGCCAUCAUGCGGAAAGGUGAUGACUCUCGAAAUGAGAACAACAACAUUAGGGACAAUAACAAAUACAGAGGAAAUAAUCGGAACGAUGAAGCCAAUCAGGGUGCCUUGUUAAUCCAUCCUCCCCUACAAAACAACAUCAAUAAUAAUAAUAACAAUAAUAAUAAUAAUAUUAAUAUUGAUAAUAAAAAUUUUCACAACAACGUUUUUAAAAUUGAUGAUAAAGACUCUGAAUCACAUCAUCGAAAACAACAAGACUCUAAUUUCAAUAAUAAUAAAAAUAAUAAUAAUAUUAAUAAUAAUAAUAAUAUUGACAAUUUUAACAUUAAAAAUACUAAAAAUAAUAAUGACAAUAUUAAAAAUAAAGUAAAAAUAGAGAAACCAGUGGAUAAUUCUCUAAAAUUUAACCCCGAUGUGGUCAUACCUGUUGACCCAAACGCUCCUGGGGAAAAUGGUCGGGCUGUUGUAAUUAACAAAGAUAAAUUAUCUGCUGAAGAGAGAAAGAUAUAUGAUGAAGGUUGGCAACAUAAUGCUUUUAACCAAUAUGCAAGUGAUAUGAUCUCUUUACAUCGAACUCUCCCUGAUGUCCGAGAUGAAGAAUGUAAAUCUAUAAAAUAUAAAGAAAAUUUACCAGACACAAGUGUGAUAGUGUGUUUCCACAACGAAGCCUGGACGGUUUUAUUGCGGACAGUACACAGCAUUCUCAAUCGGUCACCGCCACAAUUAUUAAAGGAGAUCAUUUUAGUUGAUGAUUAUUCAGAUAUGCCACACUUAAAACAGCCAUUGACUGAUUACGUAGAAAAACUUGGAAAAGUAAAAGUGGUACGGACAAAACAGAGAGAAGGGCUAAUCCGGGCCCGCUUGUUGGGCUACUCAGUAGCAACGGGGACAGUCCUUACAUACUUAGAUUCACAUUGCGAAUGUACCCGAGGCUGGCUGGAGCCUUUGCUAGACAGAAUAGGAGAAAACAAGUCAAAUGUUGUGACUCCUGUGAUAGAUGUGGUCGAGGAUGAGUCAUUCCGCUACCAAUACGGUAGCGCUAAGAGCACAAGUAUAGGAGGAUUUGAUUGGAGUUUACAAUUCACAUGGCAUGGAAUACCAGAUGUGGAACGACAGAGACGGAACAGUGAUGUCGCACCAAUCAGAUCUCCUACCAUGGCAGGUGGCCUAUUUGCUAUUAGUCGUGCCUAUUUCACAGAGCUUGGAACGUAUGAUGCUGGAAUGGAUAUUUGGGGUGGUGAGAACCUAGAACUUUCAUUUAGGAUAUGGAUGUGUGGUGGUACAUUAGAAAUAAUCCCCUGUUCACAUGUAGGACAUAUAUUCCGAAAAAGAAGCCCAUACAAGUGGCGUACAGGUGUAAAUGUUGUAAAAAAGAAUUCAGUACGAUUAGCAGAAGUAUGGAUGGAUGAAUAUAAAAAUUAUUAUUAUGAACGUUUUAAUUAUGAUUUGGGAGAUUUUGGUGAUGUCACAGACAGGAAAAAAUUACGUGAACGUUUAAAAUGUCAUUCAUUCGACUGGUAUAUAAAGAAUGUCUAUCCUGAUCUUUUUAUACCUGGCGAAGCAUUAGCGUCGGGAGAGAUCCGAAACAAACAGAAAGCCAUGUGUGUUGAUGCCUCUGUGGAUCACCAGAACAUGCACAAACCAGUUAUUAUGUGGCCGUGCCAUAAUCAGGGAGGAAACCAGUACUGGAUGCUAAGUAAAAAUGAUGAAAUUCGGCGUGAUGAUGGCUGUUUAGAUUACUCAGGAGGUGAAAAUGUUAUAAUAUACCCAUGCCACAGUCAACACGGGAACCAAGAAUGGCAGUAUCGAGAGGAUCGAACAAUUUUACAUGUGAACACACUGAAGUGCAUGGAAAUAUCAAUGGAUGGGAAGACGCUGUUAAUGAAGCCCUGCACAGGCAUUGAUCGACAAAUUUGGUUCUGGAAGAGGAAAGCAGUGAGUGGAGGUUCAAACCGGAACCGUUUGUGACAACUUCAAAAUAAUGGAAGCAAAAU